AUGGCAUAUAGCUUACGUCGCGCUGCCGAAAAAGUGAAGAUCAUCGCCAAAAUGAAUCGGUGGACGCGGAGUCAAACCGCAGGAAAGGGUAGGGAUUUCGAUUUUAGCGGGCGAUGCUUCCUUCUCGAACUGCCAACCGAACUACUAUUGGCGAUCAUUUCCCAUCUAUCGGUAAUACCCGAGGCUUGCCUAGCGCUGACAUGCAAGCGACUCUACUCAAUAUCCGGGGCGAUCCUGGGAGCCAAAGCUCUCCACUUCAAUCGCGACUUCGCACCACUUUUUCACCACUACCGGAAUGGCCACAAUUUCGUCACCCCGCGGUGGCAAUUCAUCAAUCUGCUGGAAGACGGCCGCUGGCGGGCCUGCUCGAAAUGUUUAAAACUACAUCUACGGAACUCGUUCCCUCCUCGCGAGCUGAGACGGAAGUCCGAUGAGCGAGCAUGCAACUUGGGUAACUCUGCGGGCAUCGUGGAUCUAUGCCCAUGCAAGAAGCUCACCUUCCAGGACAAGACGGAUCUCGUACAGCUUCUGAAGACCCGACAGAGAUCAGUGGACGCCCUUACCCUGCAGUUUGGGAGCGGCAUUCAGCAGCAGCGCUUUUGCUGGCACUCCUGCAAGGAAUACUAUGGAUCCACGCAGCUUGAGAUUGCGAUCUAUCCUGAGCUGGACCAAGACGACUUGUUGAGGAUACACACAGAGUAUCAUAUGACAACAGGGACUGGCCAGCUUGGCAGAGAAGAACACAUCACACCUCGCUUUGGAUGUGCUCACCGAUCAGUCGACUUGUGGUUAUCCAGUGUCUGUCAGACCACCAUCUGUCGUCUCUAUGACAGCCACUGUGCCUCGUGCAAGCGGAUAUCAGUCUGCAACACAUGCAACGCCUCUUUGAGGUGUCCUCGCAAACAGCCCUGUCGGAUAGAUGAGGUGAUGGACAAAGCCACCUACCAUUUCUGGACCGAAAGGUGCCUUGGAGGCACAAGCUCGGUUCCCGAUCAGGCAUGGGCUUCUCAGCGGAUACACCCCGCGGAGAAUCUAUUUGAUGCUACCAAUUGCAGUGAGAUGUGUCCUUGGACUAUUCGAGAACAUCCUCCUCUGGAAGAAGCCCCGACUUUGGGGAUGAACAUACUUGAGCCUGCGAUGCAAGACCAGUCGCUCAACCAAUUAUACUCUUCAAUCAACAUGAUAUAG